AUGAUUUUAAUUUUAAUUGUUGCUUUGUGUCACAUUCAAAAUACUAUUCAACAUACGAACUUCAACUUAACGAUCGAAAAAGAUAUGAUGAUUAAUUUUAAUAAAUCAAAUAGAUUGAAUGAUGUGAACAAUAAGCAAGAUAACGUGAAAAUCGAAUCAGAAAUUGAAGAAAUGAACAAAUUUGUAGGCAAUUUGAAAUCUAACGUUGAUCGAAUAGAAGUUUUGGAGACGGCAGGAAGUAGCAAUUACGUGUACCGACCUCUGUUUGUUUAUAGAAAAAUAGAGCACAGCAAGCGCCGGAUUACGAUGUAUAACGCUUUUGCAGAUAAUUCCAUUCUUAAGACUACUAAAAAUGUAACUCAAAAUCCACAAAUGGAAGAGAACCUUUACCAAAUAUCUAAAGAUUUGGUUUCUGCGAUAUUAACCAAAUUAGAAAUACAAGAUAAAAUUACUCGAAUCACACGAGAAGCUCUUGAUGCUCCCGGUAAGAAUAAAGGUAUAACCGCUAUAGAAACGAGACGAAUUCUAGAUUACAUAUCAAGAACAUUAUCGGGUCAUAUUUUAAGUAUCACAAGAGCAUCUACAGAACCUGAAUUGCAUCGGCUUGUAUACGGAUUAGCACAAAUAGCUGCUGAAGUAUCCAUUGUAUCAGCAUUAAAAGAUAUCACAUAUGCUACUGCAUUAUCAAAGAAACAAUCAGUUGAUUUAUUCCUGCGUAAAAAAAGAGCUAUAUCUUUAAAAGAUGAAAAUUCUACAACAUCUUCUCCGUUCGAUUCUACACCAACAAUAUUUAACAUAAUUUUAAAGAAACCAUUAUCAUCUACUCCAACAGAAACUUCGACAUUGCAGCCUAAAGAAAUUAAUAUAUAUAUUCCAAGUGCACCCUACUCUGUAAUUUCUAGUGGAGAUAAAAAACCAAUUCAUGUAAUAGCUUUAAAUCAAAAUCCAUUUGCUGUUAAAGGAUUUUUGAAUCAAACCGUUCUAGACAGAGAAAACCGAGACAGAGCUAUUAAUGAAACGGAAGUUAUUGUUCUAGAUAAGAAUAUAAAUGGGACCAAUUACAUCACCUCUAAUUCUGAUACCAUAAAUAAACAAGAAUCAAAUACUGGUAGACUCAUAGAUGAUUGGAUGGAUCCAAAAGAUAAUAUUUAUGCACUUAACCCAGAUGUCGUUGCUGAGAUGGAAAUUGAACAUUCUGAAAUCGAUGAAGAGAUCGCUAACGAAAAGAAGGAAAAGCUGAAAAUGGAAAAACUAGAAUUGAAAGCAAAAAAAGCAAUACUUUAUGCAGGUGAUGUUGCAUAUUUAACCGCUGCUAGUGUUGUCGCUAUGCGACGUGCGUUAACGGCAUCGAUUGAGGUUCAAAUGUCUGUAAAGUUUGCUAAAAAUGGUAUGUCAAAUCAUCAAGAUUUAAUGAUGAAUUUAGCAAAAACUGCUGCUCAACAGGCCGGUAAAGAAGCAAAGAGUGCAACUUCCAAGUCCCUCGCAUGUGAACGCGUGAUUAAGCUUGCUGUUAAGUAUACUGCGCAAUCUCAAGGAGCAAAACUUAACCAUGUAGCAAAUCGGAUAAUAAUGGAUACCUUGUCAUUAGCAACGCUUGCUAAAUCAAUGGCUUUUGUUUCAUCAGAUAUUGCUAUUAAUUCUCUCUAUCAAGCGACAGACAUAAAGCCCCCAUCAUGA